GCUACCACGACGAGAUUCUCAUUGUUUGGUUGGAUCUUACUCAUAUUCCACGGUUGGUUCUUCUAUGUCACUUUGCCUCUGGCCCACACUUUCACUACCCACCACCCUUUGGCCCCUAUCCUUAACCAAACCCCCGCCGCACCUGACCUCCUCAAGCCCUCAUCUUGCUUGUGCAUGUGAUGUGAUUAUUCGGCCUCGUUCACUUCAAACCAACAUCAAAUCAAGCUUCUGUUGCUUGACUGAUCUUUUUUCCCCCCUCAACUAAAGUAGUAUUUUGUUUCUAGUUAGAAGCCUCGUAUCAUGUUCGGAUGGUGUAGUUCGCUGGGCCUCCCUUCAGUGAGCUCAGAGCCUGACAGGGAGCGACGAGCUCCAUCCGGCCCAACGCCUGUGGACUUCCCAGCGUAUAAGCUUCCUGAUGCCACAGAUGAUGAUCCGGAGGGCUCUUUGCGGCAGGUACAUGAUAUUCUAGCAUCCAUCAGAAGGCCACAAGAUAUCACACUCGACAAAUUUAAGGCACUGAAUUUGAAGGUGGAAGCAGGCCUCUCUGCUUCAUGUAUUGUGCAUAAGGAUGGGCCAAAUUUCUUUCCUCCUUUGCCUUGGGAGGACACUUCACCCAAUUCGUCCCCGUUAACCGAAGAUGGUUCCCCGAUCUUGUUGGAAAAUGGGAAUCCUUAUCCACCAAAAGAGCGAUUUGAUGUGCUGAAGGAUGAGCUACUUCUGGAAAACGACGAUGCGUUUCGAGAAGUGGCACGGUUACCCCCACGCGAAGGACGCCAAAGGGUCCGAGUGACCCAUGCGCGAAAAUUUUGGACGGGGCUAGAACGAAUGGCCCAAUACUGGGACACGAGCUUGGAUAACUAUUUUGAACGUCCUGCAACUCCCAAACAGGCGACUGAAGGCGAGUCCGGAGACAGGAUGCAGACGGACAAUAAAGCGUCAUCAUGCGAGUCCCAUCACAAAUCGGAGACACAAAUGGACAUUGACAAUCCACCAAACCCAGCAGCUCCGGUAAACAAUGUUACUAAUCAAGAGGAUGGUGAGCCUGAAUCAGUGGCAAUGUACACGGGCCGCCGUAUUGGUGCCGGUCAUGAAAUGCCGGAAGAUAUCCGCGAAGAGACGAUUAGGGCAUUUACCGAGAUGGCGGCCUGGCCCUUUGGGUGCCAAGUUGCCCUUCCCAUGCUACCUCCGAGACUAUCCCUCCAAACAUUGUUAUUCCCUGUUCGCCACACGUUUGCGGCUGCUCGAUCACCUAAAGAUCGACAGCUAGCACGAAGCGGAGUCAUGGAAGGACCUGUCUUUUCCGCCCAGUGCCGGCCUGAAACGUGUUUCCGAGCGCCGGGGGAUGUCCCUGGUACUGGAUUUGGUGAGGUAUGUGAUUUGUUACGUGAGGUUGGCGGCAUGCUUCUAGCUGCCCAGGAGCGCGCACGACAAGGAAUGACAGAAGUAAGACCUGGCGAGGGAAAAUGGUGGACAACGACGCCGCGAUGGGGUGGUGCACCCAAUGAUGCAGUGGGUGAUAGUGGUAACUUCACCAAUGGUGAGGAGAAAUCAGUGUUGGACAAUGGGAGCUCUCGCAAGCGCUCCAAGUACGAGCAUCCCUUCUUAGCAUCCCGUCGACCUGGAUCCUCGCGGAAGCUGAGCAACAGCGAAAAGUGGAAGAUUGUUCAGCCAGGCCCUGGUCUUUGGGACAAGCGAAUGAGAUAUAUACAGAUUGGGAAGGACCCAGACAGCCCAUUUGAUGAUAUAUAUAUGCUCUCCUCUAUCAACCAUCAUAUCUCUAUCCUUCACUUGCGCGUCCACCGCCGAUAUAUCGACAUCAUAACUUCAGGGGUGAGUUGUUUUCCUUCCGACAUCGAUGCUACAGGACAACCGUGGCAUGUGCUACAGCUGCGGCGAACGAAAUGGUACGAUUUGUUCGAUGCUGAGGAGCGGCUUGAAGUGUUCAAGGGGGUAUGGACUAUAUUCCAUCACCUUUUGCGGGGCACCUAAUGCAAUAGUUCGAGUUCUGGUCGUCUUUGACUAAGUAAGCUACCCUAGACUGGAUACAUAUCAUUCUAAGCGACAUUCGUUAGAAUCCUACGCUCUGUGGCACGUUAGAUCAGCUGUAUAGGUGCUUUGAUGAUCGUUUAUAUAUUUUCGUUAUGUGUGCAUCUAGAGAAAGUCACUAUUCCUACUUCCUGGCUACUGAGGCGCUGUCUUUUUCGUUGGUGCUAUUCAACGCAUGUGUGUAGAGCGAAAUGGGAAUACCUCGAUGCACUUAAAAUAUACAAGCAUAACGAGGUCUACUUCAGCUAUA